AUGGAGCACUGCCACCGAACCGGCUGGGACUGGGCGAAGAUCGUCUCCGCUGACUGCGAGUGCGGUCUCCUCAGGAAACUCCCAAUGUAUCCCGAACUCGUGGUCCUGCCUGGACUUAUGACCGUCUCGAAAAUUAUCCUCGUUGCACUCAAUGUCUGGGAUGCAUACCGUAUUGAUGAGCCUACUCACGCCGUUGGUCACUACUUUCAGGAGAAGGAGGCUCAUGAAGGUCAUGACACCGAGGACUCCGACGAGGAUUUCGAUAUCAAGAGCCUUCCCUCCGAGAUUCGUGAGCUUGAAGAUGAUGACGACGCAUCCUCGGUCAAGAGCAUGUCUUCCAACAUUCAGAAGCACCAGUAUAAGCUCUCUACCCUUGAAUAUGCAACAGACGACUCCGAGAUCGCUGGUAGAGACGACAACGCGGAUCUAGAGAAAGCAAUGAGGGCGGCAUCCUUCAACGCGGAUGGAGAGGAGAUUGCCAAACUCGUUCAGGAGGAUGAUGACCGUGGCAAUGUUGAGCACUCCAAGGAGGCGCACGAGGCCAAGGCCUAA